ACAUAUACCAGAACUUAGUUUGGAGAAGUCGCUAGCAAGAGAAUGGAACUCCGGAUACUUUUAAUCCUUCUUUCGGGACUCGCUAGUGUCCAAUAUUUGGAGGCUGCCGAACCAGAUAACGAUGAACGAGACCUCAUAGAACUACUAAAAGCAUAUCGCAAACGACUAAAUGAUAAAGUCCCAGAUACAGGCGACAACAUACAAAGAAAGGAAGACGGCAAAUUGAAAGCUUCUACUGACGAUGCAACGGGAGAAAGAAUAGUUGACAACGAUGUGUCAAAACAUAUUGAUACUGAGGUGAACAAUGCUAUGAAGGAACUUGAAAAAGAAAAGACUGAACUCCUUGAAGAGAGACGGGAACUUGGUCAAGAGAGGGAACGACUCAGUCUCGUUGCUCGUAUACUUGUAGACAUAGUAAAAGGAGAUAUUGAUGACUCGCAGUUAAAUACAUACAGAAGAAGACGUCCAUGUAUUGGCUGUCCCUGAUAGGACUCCAGCAAUAUUGUGAAAUAGUGCCAUUUUCUCAAUGUAAAUCUUUAAACGAAAAUGUAGGAUUUCAGGAUAAUGCGACAUUUAUCAUGAUAGAAUGUACGUAGUUGAGUUAUGUCAGUCAGUCUCACCUUCGCUUGCUUUGGUUCAGCUUGAGACAUCCGAGCAAACAAAGAUGAGUCAUUCUAGUUUUGACUUACCUGCGCCAGUCAAACUGUGCCAUCAUUUUGAAAAUGAAAUUACUCAGACAUUAGUCAAGUAUAUCUCCGUGGAUAUACGUAUAUACGUGUAGAGAGAGAGGGGGGGGGGG